UAACUGCACAGGUUGGGAAAUGCUGCGGCAAACGUGAAUCGUAAAUACGGGUGUAAUAAUUGUUUAAAUUUAGUGAUAUUUCUUCUUAAAAUUAACCAGAAAUAUCUUAUAACUAUACACGAGUACCCAGUGUUUAAAAAUGUGCUAAAAGUUUAGCGAGCUUUGCUUGAAAUAGUGAAAAAUUAGGAUUGAACUCUAAUCACAUCGUCGCUAGGACGGAAAAUCGAUAGUUACAGGCGGAGUUUUGAAAACUAAUUUUUAGCAUUAUUUGCUAAACAAUGGUAGGCCUACUGGAUCCAUUGAAAUAUGGCGAGCAUUUUUAUGAAUUGUACACCAGUAAUACACGUCGAAAACUUCAAAAUGACCGAAAAUCGUUGUCGAAACGUAAAAGUAAGGAUAAAAAGGCAGCAGCUCUCGCGGCUGCCGCAGCUGUUCUUGAAGGCAACGCGGGUGCCAUUGUAAAUCCCAUGGAUCCCCCCAUAAUCAAAGAUCAACUACUACUGUUUCCCGCAUUUCCUGUAGCACAUAUAGAGCUCGAGGCGAACGCAUCCAAAUUCGCUGUUUUUGCUGUUAUACGUUCCACAGUUUUAGAAGCAGAGACCCGUUAUGCACUUUUCCAAGAUACCAGUGGCGCUCUGCGUCGUCUACACAAUUUAAGUUCCUCUUGUUGCCUCAUCUGUGCCGGCUCCUGCAUCGCUACAAAUCUGCUUGAUUGUUCUUGCCACACAACGUUGUCAGCAGUAGUUGGUAGCGCGAAUAGCGGCAGUGGACUGCUGGUGGAAAAGCGUUCUCGUCACGAUUCAGCAAACAGUGAUGCGGAAAGUGAGUCUGACGAUGCCACCGAAAAAGAGCUUGCGGUGGUGCGUGUACCGUUGAUUGUUGGCGCUGGAUUGCGUAGCCUUUUCGAGCUAAUUGCCGACGCACGUCACAUACAGCCGACACUAUGCACCAAGGCACUAAAAGCGUUAUUAGAUGUCAUACAAGGACAGCAGCCGGAGUCUUUUAAAUUGGAGCCAGAUGAUUUGAUCAAUCCGUUGUAUGAUUUACUGCUUGACUUAACUACAAUGCCGGCCGCAAUGGUUUCCAACGCGACUACAGAAGCGAAUUGGUCUGCAAUGGCUUGUGCGGCAUUGAUUGGACUAUGCAUUGCACGUGGUGACACUGGCAAGAUACUGAAGGCUAUUGCAGCAAUGUUAAUGUCCCCCAAACAGUUAUCCAGACAAAUAAUACAACUGCCUUCAGUACUAUCAACCCUUCAAAAGACUGUAAUGAGUGCAGCGCUGAAUAAGCCCACAAGGCCAGAUUUCCACACGAACGGCGUGCCGACGAAUUCGCUUAUCGAUGAGUUCACAUUAAAAACUUCUGUGACCGCUUGCGGCAGCCUCUACACUCAACCCGCUAUGGCUUCAGAUGGCAGUUAUCUGUAUCUGUUACUUGGGAGCUCCUUGCUUAAGAUCGGCACUGGUUUUAGUGGCUCUUUCAAAGGGCAUGUUUAUGCCCAAAAUGAUGAAUUCACCAAGGAAAAAUCUGGUUGGUUGGGCUACUUUGGCGGUAAUCUAUAUUUUCGACGUAAUGUCAAGCGUUCGGCAGACCACCUGCAUCUUGUAAACACAGAGACGCUGACUAUUAAGGGCAUCAAUUCUGUCAAUCUCGUACCCAUACGUGAGGGAUUCAAUUAUGUUCUUUUCACGGAUGAAGACUCCAUCAAUGCAAUUUGUACCAAUAGAGAUGAUACGCUUGUUGUAAAGAAAUUGAAUUUCAAUACCUCAAAUACUUACGGUAGCGAUUUAUCGCCUCCAUUCGAGAUUCCUUUAAAGCUGGCGCGUAAAAAAUUUCGUACACUUGGCUACGCCGCUUUCGAGGAUGAGGUGCUCAAUCAAAACCAAAUACAAAAAAUUCAAUCUUCCUACAAUAUUUUCGAGCCGAAACUGCCCAGUGAGAUAGAGGUACAGGGGAUUGUAUGCGGCAAGGAAUUUGGUCUUGUGCGUGCAUCAAAUGGCAAGGUGUACUACUAUGGCAAGUCGGCAUCUUUGGGCUUAAAAUCUAUCGGCCGAACACCAACUAUGAAAAUGACUGAGUUGAUUAUUUCGAAAGUUUCGAAUAUUGUGCACAUCGCGGUUGGUCAUGAUGGUAUACACGCAUUGUUGGUAAAUGAUGAUGGCACUGUUUAUUUUACGGGUACCGCACGCCGUGGUGAAGAUGGUGACUCUUCCAAGAAUCGACGCCAGCCAAAAGCUGUCAAGCCCAAAAAAAUGUCGAAAAUCGAUGGUCACGUAGUCAUACAUGCGGCUUGCAACAAUGGCACGUCUGCUUUUGUAACAAAAACUGGUAAGCUGAUUAUGUUUGGCAAGGACACAGCGCAUUGUGAUACCGGUGGUUGUGUUAGUGACUUCAUUGAUCAGCACAUAACAAAGGUGGCGCUGGGUAAAGCGCAUUGUGUGGCCUUAAAUUCGAAAGGCCAACUUUUCACUUUCGGGCUGAAUAACAAAGGCCAAUGCGGGCGUGUGUUUAGCAAAUCUAGUAAGGAUAACUGCGUAACCCUACAAAGUAGUGGUGGUGCUAGCGCUUUAAGCAUGGGGCCGGCUGCUGACUCAGAUGGCAAAUGUUUGUUGGGUGGAAAGAAGUUGAAAUUUGAUUUUUCUACACUCUGCGAUUACGAUGAUCAUCAACUGGUGCAAGGGCAAUGCCGCGUAUGUGUUAUGUGCCGCGAGUGCACCGGCUACAAUGUGUCCUGUGUGUCGACUUUGAAUGUCCCCGUUGAAGAACGCUUGUCGGGAGCGAUUUGUCCCUGUGGUCAUGGCGACGCCGGUUGCUCCAAAUGUGGCCUCUGCUCCACCUGCAUUUCACUGCAAGAGGCAGAAAACGAUGCUAACAAGGACAACAAACAGCUGAAUAUUGAAUUAAAUCGUCAACGCUCGAAGAGCUUAAUAAUGCGGCGCAAGGAAAAGAAAUUAGUUGCAGAAGAGAAUAUUGGAACGCAAUUGACAGAUUCAGACAAGGAUCCACCACGCGUUGCUCCAUUAGCGCCACAGAUGCUAAACCUGCCGAGCAGUUCACCAGUGGUGCAAGUAUCCUGCGGCCUUCAUCAUACCGUCGUACUAACGCUAGCCGGUGAAGUUUUCACCUUUGGCAGUAAUCAAUAUGGUCAGUUGGGUACGGGGGAUUUGCAACCCGUAAACGGACCAGUUAAAGUAAAUGUGCAAGGCGCAAUUAGCCAGGUAAGCGCUGGUAGUAAUCACACAGUGUUGAUGACCUACAAAGGCAUGGUGUACACUUUUGGCAAUUACCAAAAAGGCCAGUUAGGUCGUUUACCAAACGAUUCUCAAAGAGAUAAAGCUGCGGCCGUUGGCGAGGAUGUGGGGGCAGCAUCUAAUAAAAAAGCAAGUGGUGAAAAUAACACAACUCCUACAGGCCCUGGUGGAGCAACCAAGGAUGCCGGCAUUGCAAGUUUAAUGACGCAACGACAGAAAUUUCUAUGGCAUUGCGCACCCGGGGCUGUCUUUGGUUUGGGUCCCAGCUUCGGUAAGAAGGCAACUUGGAUUGGCGCAAGUGGUGAUCAGACAUUUAUAAAAAUCGAUGAGUCGCUCAUCACUACGCACAUGUUGCCGAAAGUCAAUGUGGUCGCUAAUAAGAAAACUAUUUUGCUCAUACCUACUAUUCCGCUCACAUUCCACACACUUUCGAUCAACCGCCGUGACGGCAGCUGCACUGCUCAUUACCGAAAUCAAAUAAAUUUUGUACAAAUCAUACAAAAUAGUAAUGCUAAAGUAAUGCCGGAGCUAAAUCAAAAUAUUGCCGCUAGUGCUUGCCCCUCGGUAGUGGCUAGCAGUGCACCCGCUGCGAUGGCGCCAUUGCAACCUGUCCUGGCGGGUCCUAUAAACGACCAGAUGUCGCGUAGCAUGCACGAGGCGCGCAAUCAAAUUUUCGAUUUGCAAGAAAAUCAGCUGGGGGAACAGCAACAGCGGCGGCGCCAACGCGGACGCGAUCAGGCCAAAAGCCCUGCUGGAGUCUCGGCAAGUAGUAGCGGUGGCGGUGGCCAUGGCAGCUCCAUCAUGGAUAAGCCGCAACCUCAAAUCGCGUUCGCUUUAGAUCCCCACUAUAAUAUAUUGUGGGUAUACGAUGGCGGGGUGCGGAAGUUACAGUGUUACAAUGUAAUGGCCAGCGAAAUUGCCAAUUGUGGUGUCAAUUCAUCAAAUUUUCGCGCGAUAUUAUCACCGGAACUGGCCUUGCCCAACAAAGUGGAUGCCCGCAUAUCGCGUUCACAAGCCUCGUUGAAUUUGCUGGCUUGUUUGGAUAUUCUUACUUCAGCUCAAGAUGCUAUCCCCGCAUGCUUUGAAGAAGCAGUACCCAAGCAACAAAGCCAUACUAAAGAAGCUUUGAAUAACGAGUAUCAGAUUGUGAACCGUUUUGAUAAUUUUGGCGGCGGUUGGGGCUAUUCAGGGCACAGUGUAGAAGCUAUUCGUUUCUCCGCCGAUACUGAUGUUAUGAUUUGUGGCUUCGGCAUGUUUGGCGGACGUGGAGAGUAUACUUGCAAAUUGAAACUAUUCGACCUAGGCACCGAUGGGGGCGGUUAUGAGAAAGAGGGCAUUCUCAUUACUGAAACAAAAGAGAUACCAUUUGAGUGCGCUGCCCGUAGUAAACAUCAUAUAAUGUUGUCGAAGCCUAUUAAUGCUGCGGCUGGUCGCUGGUAUUUGGUGUGGGCACGUAUUGCUGGACCCUCGUCUGAUUGCGGCUCUUGCGGACAGGCUUCUGUGACAACUGAAGAUCAAGUAGUCUUCACCUUUAAGUCAUCGAAGAAGGCUAAUAAUGGCACUGAUGUGAAUUCAGGUCAAAUACCAUCCAUCCUCUAUCGCCUCAUUACACAAGAAUCAAAGCAGCCAGCUGCUCCGGUUGAUGUGGAUCCGGUGCAAAAAAUUACCAAGUCCUUUGCGAAUACAGUAAGCAAAGAGUGUUUUGAGAGUUUAGUAGUUUUGCUGAAUUGGUCUUGGGAAUCAUUUAAGACGAAUUUGCGCGAACAGCGCGAUAAAGGGCGACAAUUGCAAGUGAAACAAACGUUGGCAUAUUUGAUUUAUGUGAAUAAAUCCUGUCUGCGUCUACUGCGUAAAUAUACGAAUGAAAUAUAUCCGCCACGCGCAUCGGCAACAUUUGCCAAUACCUUGACGGCGAGCAGCAUUGCAAAUGCACUGACGAAGUUGCAGGCGCGUACAGCAAAAGGAGAUGGCAGAGAUAAAAAUUCUAAAUCUGCGCUGAGCAAUUCUGCCUCCACUGUAAUCGCGAACAAUGUGGCCAAGUACUUUGGUGAAGCUUCUGCCACAACAACAUCAAUAUCUGGAGCCGCCAACGGCGUGUCGUCAACUCGUAAGCCCAAUAUGGAGAACAUACAAUUGGCCGAGUGUAUUGGGAAUGUACGAGCACUCCUAAUUGGCAUCUUCUGUGACGAUAUCUUCAAAGAUAUUUGCAGUGAAAGAGGUUUCGCUAUGGCAUUUGAAAUUUUGGAGGAAUGCCACAUCAGCUUUGUGGCCUGCUUUGACGCCUUCUAUCCCACAUCGUCGUUGAAAUGGAAUUGUUUGUGUGACUUGCUAUCCCAAAUGGAUAAACAAGGUACCCUACAUUCACGCCUGCUAAGCGCCAUACUCGCUGGUCUUUGUUCUCCUUCGGUGAAGUUGCGUACUACAUUCUCAUUGCUUAAUCCGGGCAACGAACGUCAAUCGAUAAUCAGCCCUAGCGACAAUUCCGGUCUGCCAAUGCUUUCAUCCACCGAAGCGCAUCAGUAUCCCAUACUUGUGGAACAAAUGAUUUAUCGCACACAGCAGGAGAAAAGUGAUUUUCUCAGCAAUUCAUGGACUUUCAAAGAUGUGCUCGUACGGCUGUUGGAUAUCAUUGCGAAUCCGAUACGCGGACGUAUCGAGAAUAUUUAUAACCGCAGUGUGCAAUUGAAUUAUGUGGGCUCUUUCGGCAGCAAAGAUAUUAAUCAAGGUUUAAUCGACAACUGCUGCCACCUGUUGGCACGUGUGCUGGCCGAAAUAGUGUAUCACACAUCGUUGGGCGAUUAUGAUAAAAUGUUUAUGCCGCCUCGUAGUCUUCACUCCACUGGUUCACGUUUUGCACGCUGCGACCAGAGUCGCACCUGGAAUACUGGUAAUUUCGGACCCGACGCUAUUGGAUUUACUGUGGAUCGUGCUGGUAUUGCAAUUGCGGGUGCCAUGAUUUUCUCUGGGUCCGGCUCUUACGAUUACCAAUUGGAAUUGUUAUAUGACAACACUGUGGACUUACAGUCGCAACAUAAAUGGGAAACACUUGAAUCUGUAUCGGGCUCUUAUGAUCAGGAUGUGGUGCAUAAUGACAUGGCUGAAAUCAAAUUUGAGCGACCGGUGCAUAUAAAAGAAAAUACACGGUAUGCACUUCGUCUGUGCUCACAAGGCGCCCGCACCUGCUCCGGCGACGCAGGUGUGCCUUCGAUACGCGGGCCUUGCGGCACUACAUUUCAGUUUUACUCUUGUGAUUUGAGCUUCAAUGGCACCACUCCACAACGCGGUCAAAUCCCCUGCAUACUUUAUUAUAGCACGCCGGUUAAGAGUGAUACGUCGGGAGGUGGGUGUGGUAGUGAUAGCGGUGGCAAUAGUACCAAUGGUGUGCCACCCUCCAAUGAAGUGACUACGCGUGAUACUGCUUUACAAAUUGCUAGCGAUAUUACCAAGAAGUGUACUGAGCUGUUGAUUUUGGCUCGUAAUGCUUUGGCUGCUUCCCUCUCGCCCUCGGACAAUUCAUCCAAUCAUACACAGACGAUAGAUUCGGAACACAAUAUCACACCCAUUGAGGAGCAUAUGGACAUUAAUUGGGCGAAUAAUUCGCGUACUUCUGUGCUGCCGGUGGAUGCAAAUAUGUCUACUGCGCGCGAUAUAACGAAACGUAUUGAAUCAUUUUCAAAAGGUAUCAUAGAGACACUGAAAUUCGAUAAGCGCUCUACGAAUCCAUUCGAAAUGGAAAUCGAAAUAGGUGCGACUGAGAUACAUCCAAAAGAUUUGAUGAUUGAGGAGAGUACAGGAGUACAGGACUUGAAUUUCCGUAACGGGCAAAUAGCUAAACUGAAUGGGAAUGAGCGGGUGGAUGAUGAAGAUGAGGUUGCAGAGGAGUUUGUAAAUGUGCAGCAUCAUCACCACCAAAAUAAUCAGGUUGGCAUAGGUGGUCCCUUGCGCUCCGAUUCGGAAGAUGUACCGGUUACGCAGCUGACUGUCGUGCAGAUAAUGGAAGUGUUCAAUAUGGCAUCGUCGAAUAUGUUCCACACACUCUUGCCCUUGGUUUAUGCACAUAUAGCCAAUUUGGCAUGCAGCGAUCCAAAGAGCUCUGUUCAAGUACUUAGUAUGAUUAAGGAGAUUCUGCCGCACAUUGCUGCGCUCAAUCAACUCUACGCUACGAAAGAUCAAAACGUUACAGUCUGCGGCGCAGUUACUAUAAGUCCUGUGGCGGCGGCGCACAGUGUACGCAACGCUAUUGCCGUGGAUAAUCGCGAAUUUCGAUCGCGUAAAAAGAGCGAAAGUGAAAUGCCAGUUUUAGGGGAUCGAAAUGCUAGCGAAACCAUAACUACCAGCAAUCAUUAUUGUGUUGUGGAGAGCGAACAUCCAUAUCGUAGCGCUACAAUCAGUUGUCAACGUGUCGAAUUUCCUCCAUGUGUACAGUGGUUAACUAUAGAGUUCGAUUCACAAUGCGGCACUGCUCAAUUGGAGGAUUAUUUAUUGCUUUCUAUACCCAUGCGUCCGGUAGUAACGGAAUCUUGUCCAUCGAAUGAGGAUUACUUUGAUAUGCUGGAUAAUAAUAUGCGACGUCCAAAUGGAUGCGUAGGCACUGCACUGAUUAGUAGUUGUUAUAAAACUGCUGGUGCGAAAGAAGAGGUGGAUGUUGGUGUGGGUGUUGAGCGGGAUUGGAUUGUCGUGAAGAAAUUUAAUACUUCUUCAAAUUGGAUGCAGAAUGUUAUGAUAUUACCUGGUAAUUGUGUUGAGUUUUCUUUAGAAACUUCUUCGCUGUACGCACAGGAUCCACACAUUAAUCGAUAUGGCUUUAAAUGUCUGGUCGUGGGUUAUGAUAAUCCAUCAACACUCAGUGCAGCAAAUUCAUGCUUGAUACGUCUGGAGCAGGAAUUAGCAUAUUUGGGUGGAAUGUGCAGUGCCAACCUCAUGAAGAAAGAUCUUAAUCUGCCAGAUGACAAAGAUAUGGAGGACCUUGGUGGCGUUGAAGAGACAAUAAAUACUCAUCAUGCACUAUUAUCGAAGGGCUUUGCGCUAUCUGAUCCCUUUUUAACAGUUAAUCAAGCAUUAGAGUCUUAUCUACCAAUUGGAACUAAUAAAUAAACAUCAGGAAACAAUAAUACAACAUAAAACAUAAAAACAAUUAAUUAAAUUAUAAUAAAAUUAAAGAUAUACACAAAUUUACGCAGUGCAUCUGUCAUUGCCGAAAAUGAUAUGAAUUUCGCCCAUAUUACUCACUUCGCAUUUAAUCUGACCGAAAUUUUUUUUCUAGUGUUGUGCACUUUCAACCUUAAAGAAAGGCUAAAAAACUGCUUACCAACAUUUUUUCUCGAAAUUGUUAUGACAAGCCUAAAAAUAUUCCUAGAUUUUUGUCAAUUUGUUCGAUUUUUUUAGAUAAAUAGUUUCAAAUUUGGAUUUGCGUGGUUUUUAUUUAUGCAAGUUUAGGAACAAAAUUUAAAAUUCUGUACGAAAUUAACAUAAAAAAAGAAAAACAAAAAUAGUCAAGGUGUUGAGGUGCUAUUAUUUUGACAAGCCCUUUAUCUCUUACUAUAAUUUUUUAUAUAUUAAUUUAAAAAAAUAUUUAUACCAAUGAAGAAAAUGUGAUUUUUGUUUUAAAUUUUAAUUAAAUUUAUUUUAAAAUUUGAUGAAGAAAUAUAUUUUUAUUUUCUUUUCGGACAUUUUCUGCCUUGAUCUUGCAACGGUUUCAUAGAAUAGGAUGUAAAUAACGGAAAUGUAAAAAAUUCCGUUAGUUUUGUCAGAGUCGUAAAUUUUGGCAUUUACUUGAGAAAUCCGCUAUUCACGAAAAUACAGGGUGGGCCAUAUAGCGUUUGCGUUUUGAACCACCUAUUUUUUUGAGAAUGGUAACACAAAUGACAUGUCAAGUGUGUUCAUAAUUUACUUAA